AUGACUUUCGCAAAACGUGGUCAAAAUAUUGCUCUCUCUUUUUCGAGCUUUCUCUCUCUCUCGUUCCCUCUUUCUCUCUCUCUUUCCAUAGCCCUCACUUUUUUCUCUCUCUCUCACUCUGUGUCUCUCUCUAUAGCUCUCUCUUUCUCUCUCUUUCUUUCUCUCUCUCUCUCUUUCAUUAGCUCUCUUUCUCGAUCGUUCACUCUCUUUCUUUCUCCCUCUCUUUCGCACUCUCUUUCCCCUCUCUCUCGCUCUCUCGCUCACUCGCUUUCUCUUUUUCGUUCUUUCUCUCUCUCUCUCUCUCGCUCCCUCUUUCUCACUCUUUCCAUAGCUCUCUCUUUCUCUCUCUCGCUCUCUCUCUUUAUCGCUCGUUCACUCUCUUUCUUUCUCCCUCUCUUUCUCUCUCUCUCUCUCUCGCUCUCUCUUUUUCGUGCUUUCUCUCUCUCGCUCACUCUUUCUCUCUCUCUCUCUUUCCAUAGCUCUCUCUCUCUUUCUGUCUCUCGCUCUGUCUCUUUCUCUCUCUCCACAGCUCUCAUUUUCUUUCUCUUUCUCUCUCUCUAUUUCUCUCACUUUCUCUCACUCUCUUUCAUUCUCUCUCUUUCCUUAGCUCUCUCUCUCUCGCUCGUUCUCUCUCUCUCUCUCUCUCUCUCUCUCACUCGCUUUCACUAA